AUGGGCUUCACCGACUUCGUCUCUGAUACCGGCCUCACUCUGGCCAACAACUUCCUGGCCUCCCGAAGCUACAUCGUCGGCAAUGCCCCCAGCCAGGCCGAUGUUGUGACCUACAAGGCUUUCAGCGCCGCCCCUGACGCCGCGAAGUACCCCCACCUUGCCCGCUGGUACAAGCACAUCGCCUCUUACGAGGAUGAGUUCUCCACCCUCCCCGGUGAUGCCUCCAAGGCUUUCACCGCCUACGGCCCUGAGUCCACCGAGCUUCCCUCCAACCCCAAGGACAAGCCCGAGGAUGAUGAGGAGGAGGACCUCUUCGGCUCCGACGAUGAGGAGGAGGAUGCUGCCGUUGUUGAGGAGCGUAACAAGCGUCUUGAGGAGUACAAGGCCAAGAAGGCCGCUAAGCCCAAGCCCGUUGCCAAGUCUCUUGUCACCCUGGAGGUGAAGCCUUGGGACGAUGAGACCAGCCUUGAAGAGAUGGAGGCUAACGUCCGUGGCAUCGAGAUGGACGGUCUCGUCUGGGGUGCUUCCAAGUUUGUUGCCGUCGGCUUCGGUAUCAAGAAGCUGCAGAUCAACCUGGUUGUCGAGGACGAGAAGGUCUCCACCUCUGACCUCCAGGCUCUGAUUGAGGAGGACGAAGACCACGUUCAGUCCACCGACAUUGCUGCCAUGCAGAAGCUGUGA